UGAUGUGAAGUGUAGUGUUAGUCUCAACAUGAUCGAACAAUUAAUAAGACAAUACUUUUUGAAAAACUAUAAAAUUUCUGAAAUCCGUGAUUUAUUACUAACUAGAAACGAAAUAAUAAUUUCAAUCAGCACAAUAAAGAGAAUAUUAUCUUCGUUGGGAUUGAAAAGGAAAAAUGUUCCGGAAUCAAGCAUGCAAGAUAUAGUUUCAGCGAUUAUAAAAGAGAUUUAUUCGUGUGGUUAUAAUCUUGGAUACAGGAGUUUAUGGAAGAAGUUAAAACUAGAAUACAACCUUACGGUCAAAAGAGAUACCAGUGUCAAAAACCAAAGGAUAGAAUCUUACUGGGGACGGAUGCGUCAACACACUGUUGAUUUUUAUAUUCAAUUUUUUAAAUGCAUGCAAGAAAAGGGAUUAUUCGAUGGUAGUAAUUUACAUAUCAAAUGCUUACAGUUUUGUUUCGGUCCACUUAUAAGGCACGAUCUGAAUACCAACAGAAAAUUAUGGAAUGAACAUCGUAUUCGAAAGCAGGCAGUACGUAAUCAUUUAGCUGGGCGACCAAAUGUAUUAUUUCAUUUGCCUCACCGUUACGCAAGUAGAGAUUACAGAAGGAAGGUCAAUCCUAAUACAGUUGAAAAACUUAUGAAUAAGUUUACAAAAAAACCAAAAUUAUUCGAACGUAGUCUUCAAAUGAAGCGUCUCUCUAAAAAACAAUUAUAU